CUAAUCGAGUCAAACAAAAUUUAGGCGCCCGGUGUCAGUCGCACCAGAAGAUGAAUUUAAGUCAAGUUAGUCUUCAGAGGUUCUAUCCAGUUUGAAGACCGAGGGCACUGGCAACAUCAAAUUCUUCUAAUCACAUUUGAUGAUCACGAGCGAGUCAACGUAUUAAAUCGAAUUUCAGCUUUACUUCUUGAAAUAAAUAAUCUUUAAACUAAAAGCGGGCCACAUAGUCGUCGGAAAGCUGAGAACGUUUGGAAACUGUGGGCAUGUCCGAAUCCAUAUCGACUUGCACGUCGUGUUUUGCAGUAACAGGCGUUAAAAAUCGUAGAGAAAGCAAUGAAAGACGUUUCAUCGAUGAAUGAGCAAUCGCUGGAACUAUAACAGAAACCUCGACAAAUCUGGGGGUACCGAUGGAACGUUAAGCAAGGAUUUUAUCCAGAAAUCUCUAUCUGCCAGAACUCAAGUAACGCGAUAGGCAAGGCGAACUCUUCCGUGAUUGUGGCCGACGAUCCGCCUGCACUGCAAGUGUCACAACUAAGCGAUUUCUGGGACAAGAGAUGACACCCACAAAAGAAACUCCUCAAAAACGACACUAUCGGGAAUCCAUGUCGUCGCGUGAGGCUAAUACCCCCGAAGUUAAUAUGAUGCGGAGCUAUUUGAUACGCUUACCUCGAGCAAUGCCGCGACAACUCCGGUGGGUUAUGGGCGAUGAUCUAUGGAGCGUGAUACACUCAAAACAAUCUAGAUCCAGGGGACCGGAAAACCUGCCUCGAAUAUUGCGGAACCAUCCUGCCCUAAAACCUCAAAUGAGAGCUAUAUUACUGGAUUGGAUAAUUGAAGUUUGCGAGGUGUACAAUCAACUCCGGGAUACUUAUUAUCUCGCAAUGGAUCUUUUUGACAGGUAUCUUCUUACUACGGAAAAUUUACCCAAAGAACAACUUCAGUUGGUCGGUGUGGCAUGUCUCUUCAUUGCGGGAAAAAUGGAAGAAAUUUACCCUCCACAAAUCAAUGAAUACUCUUAUGUUUCGGACGGAGCAUGUGAAGACAGGCAAAUAAUAGCCAAGGAGUUGGCUAUUCUGACGGCCCUCAAGUGGGACAUAUGCCCGAUGACCCCGAACAAUUGGCUGACACUAUUCUUACAGUUAUCACAAUUAAGCCCAUCGAUCAGUGGAAACACGGAAGUAUCUUGUUUGGAUUCAUCAACAGGUGACCUGUUAAAAUCAAAUAUCUGCCCCCAGGACUUCACUGCCUGUGCGCAGUUACUCGACCUAUGCACCCUUUGUAUGGAUAGCGUUUGCUUCUCCCCUUUACAUCUAGCGGCAUCUGUAAUUGCUCAUACGUUAGGUUGUGAUGAGAUGGAGAAGGUCAGUGGGCUGAAUCAAAAUGCAAUUAAUCAUUGUUAUCAAUGGAUGCAACCCUUUGUUUUAACCUUACGCGAGCAGUCCUUGUUAAGACCUGCUGCUACCGUGAAUUUCAACAAACAGGUACAUAAUGUUAAUUUGAGUCUUCUCGAGCGUGCGCAGUCAAUGCGACACAUUUUGCAUGGAAAACAGUCUGGUAACGCCACACACAACAACACCCCAGGUAUAGCAACUCCUAUGAAAACGCCAACCUCUACUCGGAAGCGGAGUUUCCACGAUGAUAUCAUGACACCUCCGUCAACAACGAAGCUUAUGCGAUUGAACGAUGAGGAUAGGCGGUGAUUAGAAGCAACCGUAUUAGGUCAUUAAAGUUGAGAUAGUCAGAUAUAAUUUAAAAAGUUAUAAAACCACGUUAUACUAUGAUGCGCUGGCUAAGAUAGAGUUAGUCACGUCAUUAUAUCACCAAUAUAUGAUAGUAUGUAAAGGGGUUUUACAUAUUCACCUUUAGUAAACCGCGAAUCGCACCAAAAACAAAAAAUUAUCGUCAGUAUUUUUUUUAAUCAAAAGUAUGUCAUCUACUAUGAAUAAUUUCAUCUUAGCCAAGUUCAUCUUUUUUUCUGAAUAAAUGCUAUUUUCUUAAAACGGCUUCUGUCAUUUAGGAAAUUUCCGUUUAGUUUCUUCUUGUUAUGACUAUUAUUGGAACUGAAUUAUUGUAGAGAUUUUCAAAUGAAGUAGGUAAUGUUUUAUAAUUAAUAAUUGAUUAAGCCAUGGAAAUAAUUUUGACGACAAAGUAAAUAUGAUCCAAUUUUCGUUGAGACAAGAAACUAACGACACGAAGGCGAGCGUUUGUACUAUCGUCGAACUGAGGCAUAGAUAAUAUGUCACUGCACGAUUGAGUUUUCGAAUGGGCUGUGUACAUUUAUUGUGAUAACUUUUUAAUUAUUAAAAUUGUUGCGUUUUACGUUAUUCGGGAAUUGCGCUUCGUUGAUAGACCCUGCAAGUAACCAAUAGGGCAGUAAAUAGCUAAAGAAUUUCGAUCAAAAUCUGUAUAUAAUCAGUUGAUAAUUUGAAGAAAAAAAAAAACUAGAAUAGUUGGCAAAGGUACUUGAGUUUCUUUUUCUGGUCAUAUGCACCUUUUGUACAUAAGAGAAUCUUUACUGUUCCAAUUUUACUUCUGAAAUCGCUAUACAGAACCGCAGAUAUUCCGUUGCCUUGUUUGAAAUAUGUUGUAUGUUGAUGGCAGUUUUUCCGUUGCCCUAAAAUUAACUGAUCUUUUUUUAAUUUUUUUUUUUUAGAAGGAAUUUUUUUAAUUUACAAUCGAAAUAAGCCAGCGUUUUUACAUUCGACAUUCUACUGCUCUUCAAUUAUUCUCUGUAGAGAUGACCUUUUAUUGCUUUAAUAUCCGCUACUUUUCUGUAGCUAUUUUAUUGUCCUGUUCAUAUUAAUUGUUAUUAUUUCUGUGCCAUCCAAUCUAAUUUCAAUUGUAUUGUAUUUCGAGUGUCGGCGUACUCAAUUACAGUAAUCGCAUUGCAGGUAUACGGCGAUCCCGCUAAAAGAUCCGUUGUUUUUUGCGGGUGUUCGGUUGGUUCACUGGAAUAUUUUGGUAAUGCUAUUUUCCCUUUGAGAUAAAAACAGGGUUAUGUUAUGUGUUGAAAAUUUUUGCAGCCUUACAUAUAAAU